AUGGGCUUGAGUUAUUGUUCAAGCCCAGAUAGGCACAGCCCAAGCCCAAAUCAAAGUUGCCCAUGGAUGCUGAGUGCUUACUUCAUGAGCCACUAUCGAGUACCAACCCCUAAAGCAUCAACGUCUCUCUUCUCUGGUCUCUUUCUCGCCACUCUCUCCCUCAAGCUCUCUCCCCGUCUCACGCCACUCUCGUCUCCGGUGUCUCACUUCUCUCUCGGUCUGGCACUCACCGUUUUGGACUCAGCCACUCGUCGCGCUCUGUGUCCUCACAGUCUCAAGCGCAGUCGCCGCCUUCCUGCGCUCGCUUCGCCGGCGGCAGAACCAAACGGAACCAGCUUCCUCACCGUCACCGUUUCGCACCCAACUAGCGCGCCUUCGCGCGAUUGUCGUCGCCGCGGCAGAAGCAGCAGGUCCCGGGGCCGGUCGUCGUCGCUCUCUGUCUCGUCACCUCUCGCACUCAGACGCACGCCUUCCCUGCGCUCCUUGUCGCCGGCAGCAGGUCCUGGUGGGCUGGUCUUCGUUUGUCUUCUUGCUUCGAGCCUCGCCGUCAUCGUCCUUCGCGCAACCGAUUUGCUGGAUUCUCUUUUCGGCCUCAUGCCAUCAAUGUCUUCUAAUAGAACCUCACUACUUAUAUUUAGUUCUCUUCUGAAGUUCCGGAAUGGUUCUUGUAUGGGUGACUCUGUGGAUUUUAUUAAAACCCUUAACUUGUUGAGGACUAUUAGUACUGCUGCAGAAAGGUCAGAUUUUCAGGUUUCUGGUAGUAACCAAACAGAUGAUUCUUUAGGUUAUCGGAUGCAAAACAAUGCUGGGUUUUACAGAGAAACUCAAAGUAACCCAGGUUCACAUCAGAACCAGCUAGUGAGUAGGCACAGUCCAGAUUAUUCUGCUCAAGCAAAUGCAAAUGGUUCUGCCGGAGGAACUUCGGCGGGAAAUCGGCAGAACAUAAACCCGAACUGGGGUCAUACAGAGGGAAUUCGAAAUGAAUAUGGGAAUAAUUUAGCUGCUCGUGGUGGAAAUUUUAGUGGGUCGUAUGGAAAUAAUCAUGGCAGUUCUGGUAGAAUUUCUUAUGGAGCUGGUCAGGUUGCAAAUGAAAGUCAUAUAAGCAUCUCUAGGAAUUCAGUUCAGAACAAUUCCUUUGGACAUAAUGGAGACGUCAAUGGGUACUAUGGUCAAAGCAAUACAAGGAUGCAAGAGAAGCAAGUUGGGGUCGGUGGUGAUAAUUCAAAGGGAAUUGGAAUGCAUCAAAAUGCAUUUACUGGGAACCAGAAUUGGACACAAGAACCCAGAGGAAGGAUGCAGUAUCCAAAUGCUCAUAGCUCACUUAGGCUUUCAGAGUCUCCAGGAAAUCUUCUAGGGAAUCUUCCUACAAAUAUUCGUAAUCCGUCACCAAAUGAUCAUUACUCAGGGAGUAAUGAGUUUAGUCAGCGAUACUUGGGUACUGAACAAUUUCAGCAAACUCCGAAAAAUGGUCAGUAUUCUCCAAACUGGAAUACUGUACAGGGAUCAACAUUUGGCUCCGCAAAACCUGAUGGCGUAUCAGCUGAAGCAUCUAAUGAUAGUCCAUAUAGAGGCACACUUGAGGAACUGGAUGGUUUCUGCAUGAACGGUAAAGUGAAGGAAGCAGUUGAAGUUUUGGAAUUGUUGGCAAAAUUGCAUAUUCCUGUGGAUUUGCCGCGAUAUUUACAAUUAAUGCACCAUUGUGGAGAGGCUAAGUCUCUUGAAGAGGCAAAAAUUGUACACAGAAAUGCUUUGCAAUAUCUGUCACCCCUCCAAGUCAGCACUUAUAAUAAGAUACUGGAGAUGUAUUUUGAAUGUGGUUCUGUGGAUGACGCACUCAAUGUGUUCAAUAAUAUGCCAGAGCGCAAUUUGACUACAUGGGAUACUAUGAUAACACAGCUUGCUAAGAAUGGGUUUGCAGAAGAUUCCAUUGAUCUAUUCACUCAAUUUAAAGAAAAGGGACUGAAACCUGAUGGUCAGAUGUUCAUCGGGGUGUUUUUGACAUGCAGUAUGCUGGGAGAUAUUGAUGAAGGAAUGCUACACUUUGAAUCCAUGAGCAAGGAUUUUGGUAUUGUACCGUCUAUGGCUCAUUUUGUCAGUGUAGUAGACAUGAUUGGUAGUAUUGGGCAUCUGGAUGAAGCCUUUGAAUUCAUUGAAAAGAUGCCAAUGGAGCCAAGUGUUGAUGUAUGGGAGACUAUGAUGAAUCUCUGUAGAGCUCACGGAAACACUGAGCUGGGGUAUCGUUGUGCUGAGUUAGUUGAGCAACUAGAUCCUUCGCGCUUAAUUGAGCAAUCCAAGGCUGGCCUUGUACCUGUCAAAGCCUCAGACUUGACAAAAGAGAAAGACAGGAAACUAGCAAGCAAAAAUCCACUGGAAGUAAGGAGCCGAGUCCAUGAAUAUAGAGCCGGAGAUACUUCUCAUCCUGAAAAUGAUAAAAUAUAUGCCUUACUUAGAGGUAUGAAGUCGCAGAUGAAAGAAGCUGGCUAUAUUCCAGAGACAAAGUUUGUGUUGCAUGACAUAGACCAAGAAGGAAAAGAAGAAGCUCUGCUUGCCCAUAGUGAGAGACUUGCUGUUGCUUAUGGUCUCCUUAGCAGCUCUGCUCGCUCUCCUAUCAGGGUAAUUAAGAACCUUCGAGUUUGUGGGGAUUGUCAUACUGCACUGAAGAUUAUUUCUAAGAUUGUUGGAAGAGAACUCAUCAUUAGAGAUGCUAAAAGGUUCCAUCAUUUUAAAGACGGGCUAUGCUCUUGCCGUGAUUAUUGGUGAACAACAUGAACUUAGGUACUUCAACCCUUUUUUGUUAUCUAUAAUCCCCCUUUAUUAUUCAUUCGUUAGGUUAAUAUAUUAAAACUAUAGUGGCUGCAAUUUGUGCAAACAAGUUUUAUAUUGCUGACUAAGCUCAAUUUACAUGCAAUAAAUCAUACAGUUGCUGCUUUCA